AUGCAAAUUCAGAAGGUGCACCAGAGUUCGACACUUAGCACCAAUGUAGGGGCGGAGACUAAAGACGGACAGUUGCUGUUAUCAGAAAAGUCUGGUGAACAGCAUUUGCUUUUUAAAAGAGAUCGAUAUACUACACUUGCCACCUUUUUUGCCGGUGGGGUAGCUGGUGCUUGCAGUCGAUCAUUGACUGCACCGUUAGAUCGUAUCAAGAUCAUUGUGCAGGAGGGCCACUUGGUUACAGGACCGUAUCAAAGGAUAUAUAGCUUUAAAUCAGCUCGGUUGAAGGAUGUCUUUAAUUUGAUUAGGGCGGAUGGAGGUUGGCGCGCGUUUUGGCGUGGUAAUGGUGUGAAUUGUCUUAAGGCGGGUCCAGAGUUUGCUAUUGUGUUUUUCACUUCGUCGAUACCUUCUAUCGCUGUAUGA